GCUAUUUGGAUUCAUUUUGAUCCAGGAUGGAAAAUUUAUUAGGUUAUGCCCUCGACAUGUUGUUCCAGUUAUCUCUUUUCGCUCUCCUUGAUACAUCUACCUGUUCAAUUGCGUUCAACGAGCUGGCUUCACAUGCUUCCCCGGGACUUCACGGAGACAGUAUAUACAAAACAGGAAAUCAAGGAAGAAUUGAAGGACCUUGUGUCAAAGAAGCCAAGCUGAAUUUACAUCCUAGCAAUAUACAACAGGCAUGUACUCAAGGCAGUGGCAAAAAAUUCAUCAUUACUGAGGAAGAUAGGAAAGCUAUUGAGAUUGGUGAAGGCAAAACAUCUCCCACUGGAGAUAGUCCAAAAGUUCAUAAUAGCGAGUACUCAAAGAACGACAUCGAGUGGGAGCCUAACCUAAAAUUUCAGCCAAAGAACUCACUCAUGGAAGGAGGGUUGCGAAUUAAAACGGAAGAUAAUGUCAGAGUGACUCAAAAUUUGUUUGAAUCGGUCACAAAAAGUGAAGCAGAGCGCGGAUUAGCGAUGGAAGAAGAUUUCCGUAUCAGGAUAAAAGCUUCCUUCCAGCCUAGAGAAUCUAAAGACACGAGUGAAAUAUUUGAGGGGGUAAUCAAGCCACAAUGGAGACAUUUCAUUGACAGUAAAUCUCAAGCUUCUGUUUUCCUAGAGGAAAGCGUCCAAAGUUUGCAAUUGUCAGGAAAAAAUGGCAAUAAGAUUAAACAGAGGGAUCCUCAGAAAGAUGUGAAGUUUACACCUGCUAUAAUGGAACCAUUUGGAGAAAUGUUUCAGCUUGAUCGAGAGUUCCCUAAAGUAUUAGAUGCCCCCCAAAUGCACCCAAUGGCCCCUCAUUUCAAAGCGUGGAUGAGCGACCUUGAGUCAAACAGGAGAUUCCGGGAUCCAAUGGACAUUGGGCCAAGACCAACCAUUAAGCUGUCAUCGGAUGUUUCGGAAAUUCUUGAAGAAGAAGAAAGGUUGAAUGGAGCCGAUCCCUGGAAUGUGUAUCAUUGGAUCAAUUGUCUUGGAUUGGGGCAAGUGGAAAACUUGGAGGAUUUGAAUGACCUUGACAUCAGUACUUCAGUCGACAUUAUUCUGGCAUUGCUCCAUUCGCCCAACUACAAGAUAAUUCCUUGGUAUGAAUCUCCUGAUCGAGCAUGCGUGAUCCGAAUGUUCACAGAAGAAAAAUACUAUCAACAUCUUAACUAUAUCUGCAAUCGACUUCAAAAAAUGAGCGGAGGUAGUGGCAGCAAAGGGAACGACUGGAAGCAAGAGGCACCAGUCUCUGAAAUCUUAAAAUACCAGGCGCAGGAUAAGGUGAUGAUCUAUGAUCAUGGCCUGGAUGGCAAGGAAAAGUAGAAAGUACAAAAACAUAAAGAUAUAAAGAUACAUGAUCUAUUCUCAGAAUUCAUACUUUUAUAACCACAAACCAGCUCAUGAUCUGCCAUUCCCAAUUACAAGCAUGCAUCCAAAUUUUUGUCAUACCAUCUGCAUUAGUAACUAAAACCUCAUAACUCUGUUUGCUUCAUUCUAAUCUCAACUUUUUUAGCAUUGAGUUUUUU